GUUGGUCAAAUGCAACUGCGCAGAGCACGGGGAAUCUGGCGAGGAAAAUCAAGAUGGCGUUUACCAAGUGUCAGAGGUUAUAGUUCUCUGGAACGAUAGCAAUUAUGAGCAGAUUAAGAAGAAUUGUUAAUAAAGUACCUGGAAGAAGGUUUCUAGGUAACUAUCGCUUUUUACCAUUUUUCGUUCUCGCCGGUGCUUUGAUGGAGUUUACCAUGAUAAAGUGGCACGUUGGAGAGGUUAACUUUUACAAGACAUAUAAGAAGAACUGCAUACGAGAUGCAGUUGAAGAAAAAUUAAGACAACACCACCCUGAAUUGUAUGCGAAAAACUGAAAGCCGCUGCUAAAGCUUGUGUCUAUGAUUUUAGUAAUGGCAAGCAAAAUAUAGACACUUGGUAUUGCAAUCCUCCAGCGAGUGAAAGUAUUGCUCGCCUACAAGACUUGUGUUCAUAAGCGAAAGAUUUACAUAAGUUUGAAAAGGGAAUCGAGAAGCAGCAGAAGUCAUAGAUAAAGUGUAAUUCAUGUAAAACAGAAGAACGUAGAGAACUAUAAUAAAUAAAAUU